UCUCGGAGGCGGUGGCGGCGGGCACAACUGUUGUCUCUGUCGGGGCCCCUGGGUGGUCUGUCUCCCAAAGAUAUCUACUUCCUGUCUGCCUUAUGUACCACACGGAAGAUGGAGGAGCUAAGUCAAGCCCUGGCCGGUAGCUUCUCUGUGUCCCAAGAUCUGAACAGCACAGCCACCCCCCACCCCCGCCUGUCCCAGUACAAGUCCAAGUAUAACUCCUUGGAACAGAGUGAGCGGCGCCGUCACUUACUAGAGCUGCAGAAAUCCAAGCGGCUGGAUUAUGUGAACCAUGCCAGAAGGCUGGCUGAAGACGACUGGACAGGGAUGGAGAGUGAGGAUGAAGACACAAAAGAUGAUGAAGAAAUGGACAUCGACGCUGGGAAGAAGUUACCAAAGCGCUACGCUAAUCAGUUGAUGCUAUCUGAGUGGCUGAUCGAUGUCCCUUCAGACCUGGGGCAGGAAUGGAUUGUGGUUGUGUGCCCCGUUGGAAAGAGGGCUCUGAUCGUCGCUUCCAGGGGCUCCACCAGUGCCUACACCAAGAGUGGCUACUGUGUCAACAGAUUUCCUUCCCUUCUGCCCGGAGGCAACAGGCGAAACUCCACCACGGCCAAAGAUUACACCAUCCUAGAUUGCAUUUACAGUGAAGUGAGCCAGACCUACUACGUCCUGGAUGUGAUGUGCUGGCGGGGACACCCUUUCUAUGACUGCCAGACUGAUUUCCGAUUCUACUGGAUGCAUUCAAAGUUACCAGAAGAAGAAGGACUGGGAGAGAAAACCAAGCUUAAUCCUUUUAGAUUUGUGGGGCUGAAGAAUUUCCCUUGUACCCCUGAGAGCCUGUGUAAGGUGCUGGCUAUGGAUUUCCCUUUUGAGGUAGAUGGACUCCUCUUCUACCACAAGCAGACUCACUACAGCCCCGGAAGCACACCCUUGGUGGGCUGGCUGCGCCCCUACAUGGUAUCAGACAUCCUGGGUCUGGCUGUGCCCACAGGCCCACUGACCACCAAGCCAGAGUAUGCGGGGCACCAGCUGCAGCAGAUCAUCGAGCACAAGAGAAGCCAGAAGAAUGAAAGGGAGAAGCUCACACUUGAGCAGCGCGAAAGUGGGCGCUAUGAGCUGGAGCACCUGUCCACCCCUAUGCCUCAGCCUCCUCCCCAAGACCCAGGCCAGCCUGGGGGCUGCAUGGAGACCUAGAGAGAGCAACCUCCUUAGGAGCUGGGGACAGGUCCAGAGGGGCACUAGGGAGAACAGUGACCUCAACAAUUACUUGGUUUUAUUCCAGUAGAAACUGCUUCUCUCCUAUCUAAAAGGCUGACUCAGGCACCUGGAGAGGUGGCAUUCACGUGGAAUUGAACAGCUGUUACUGCGAUAAGUGUAUCUCAGAUCUGCAAUGUAAAUAUGUGUAAUUCUUAGAAAGAAGUUGGUAGCCAAGCGUUGGUGGCAUACACUUUGGAAUCCCAGCACUUGGGAGUCUGAGGCAGGAAGAUCACCACGAGUUCAAGGCCAGCCUGGAUUAUACAGUGAAA